AUGUCUAAUGACCUGUCGGUGCCCGUCAGCGCCGUUGUGUUACGGGGUGGUUACGGUUGGCUUGCUCUUCUUAUUCAAGUAUGCUUUAUCACGGUUUCCUUGGCUGCUGGCUUGUAUUAUUUGGCAGAGCUUGUAGAGGAGUAUACCGUUAUUACAAAAAAAGUAAUCUGGUGGAUGAUUGUGGUUAUGGCAUAUUUCACUUUGUGUUUGUGGUUAGUGCCAUUUGCUCUCUUUGUUUCACUCUCUGCAAACGAGAAUACACUACCCACAGUUGCAGAGACAAGACCUCUUUUAGAUGAUAAUGAUGUGGUUACAAAUUACUUUUCAAGAAAGAGUAAGAAAUAUGGCCUAUUAUCAUUUUUCAAUUAUGCGAAAGAGUCAAUUUUACCACAGAGAAGCAAGAAGACUUUUUGAAAACUCAAAGCGACAUUGGUGACUAAUGCCAGGAGUGAAAGUGAAAUGUCACGUAUACACUUUUUACCUACGUGCUCAGUGUUGUGUUAUUUAUAAAUAUUUUUUUCCCUGUGGUCUGUGAUUUUAUGAUUGUGAGUGUUCUGGUACUUUUGAGUCCUAUUUAACAGAUAUUGACUGAGAUGUUUGUUUUACCAAAGAUUUAGGAUUGAACCUGAGUUGCCAACAUUAAAUUUUAUAUAUAUAUAUAUAUAUAACUUUUAUAUAUAUAGAAAUUUAAUAAAUUUUAUGUACACUAACUGUAUUGAGUGACUGAGUAAGAAAUUGUAUAGUCUCGUGAAAGAAAUUGCAAUAAUGGAGUGAAAUAUACACUAUUCUAUUUCCCAGGAGAGAAUAAAGAUUUUGUUAAUACUCUGGUAUAGAA